AUGCACAGGCUCUGGAGUCUUCUGUUCCCUGUGCAUUUGCACCCCUUCUCAGGCCGUGAUGUGCCCAUCUCAAACGGCUCGGGGUUCCUGGUGUCCCCGGACGGGCUGAUUGUCACCAACGCCCACGUGGUGGCCAAUCGCCGGCGCGUGCGGGUGCGCCUGGCCAGCGGCGAGCAGUACGACGCCGUGGUGCAGGACGUGGACCAGGUGGCGGAUAUUGCCACCAUCAGGAUCAAGCCUAAGGUGGGCCCUGCAGCCGGGGGGGGGUCCCUGCCUCCCCCCCACCCCCGCCUGCUCACCUUCGGGAACUCCGGGGGGCCCCUCGUCAACUUGGACGGGGAGGUGAUCGGGGUGAACACCAUGAAGGUGACAUCAGGCAUCUCCUUUGCCAUCCCCUCAGACCGGCUGCGGAAGUUCCUUCAGAAGGAGGAGCAGCGGAAAAGCUCUUGGUUCGGGAAUGCAGAGACGAAGCGCCGGUACAUCGGGGUGAUGAUGCUGACCCUGACACCCAGCAUCCUUGCUGAGCUGAAGCUGCGUGACCCCAGCUUCCCUGAUGUCUCCUAUGGAGUGCUGAUCCACAAGGUGAUCAUUGGCUCCCCUGCCCAUCAGGCAGGGGUGAAGGCGGGGGAUGUGGUGCUGGAGAUCAACGGGCAGCCGUCACGGCGUGCGGAGGACGUGUACGAGGCGGUGCGGACGCAGCAGAGCCUGGCCCUGCUGCUGCGGCGCGGCCACGACGCCCUGCUGGUCAGCGUUGUCCCCGAGGUCACCGAGUAGCGCUGC